AUGGUAAAGCAGAAGAAGAAAAUUCAGGCUUCACUCCACACCUUACCUGCUGGUUCAAACCAUCCUGCACCUGUUUGCCGCAAGCUCAUGAAAAGGCCUGAGGACGUUAUGAAGCGACUACAGGCGAGAAUUUCCAGCUACAGAAAGACGAUAGCCAGACUGCGGAAACAGCAGCUGAAGACGCCUCUGACAGCUUCUCAAGCUCUGGAAAUAAUUCGGCCUCAUGUUUCUGAAGAGUGCAAGCGUGAGAGACCUAAAGCUAAUAACACUUUAGAAAAGCUAGCUAAAUGGCUAACCCAUAACAAAUUAGUUCCCAAUAUAGCGAAAACAAACUACAUAAUUUUUGCCCCGAAAAACAAACUAAUUUUAAACAUACCUCAGCUUUCGUUUGCAAGUAUUAACAUAACUCGAGUGUACCAUACUAAAUUUUUAGGACUAACACUUGACCAUCAGUUAACAUGGCACCAACACGUAAAAGACACAACUAAUAAGAUAUAUCGAAACAUACCGAUUCUAUAUAAACUACGGCACAUAUUUUCCUUACGAACCCCCCAAAUGCUUUAUCACAGCUUAAUUCAUACUCACAUUUCGUACGGGUUAUCCUUUUAUGGACUGACAUAUAAAACAACACUAAAACCCAUAGAACUUGCCCAGAACACGACACUACGAGCAAUGCCGUUUGUUAAUAGGCGCGAAAGCGCUCAAUUUGCGUACCGCUUCCUCAACAUUUUAACAGUUAAUCAAUGCCUCGAUUACCGUGUAGCAUUAUUAACGCUUAAG